GAAAAGUGACAUUUUCAUUCAAAUCGCCUCUCAGCACGCAUUUGAUUGCGCUGAUCGGGCAUAGGAAGGAGAAGAAAGUUUUAUCACCGAGGAAUAUUCGUCCGGAAACCUUUCGAAUCGUUUCGGAAGCUGAAGAAAAACAUUAUCCCUGCAGAACAACAUACCUACACAAAACAUGGCUGCCAGUACCAGUGGUGAUAAAGCGGCGGAUGAUUCACUCUACCCGAUUGCGGUGCUGAUCGAUGAGCUUAAAAACGAGGAUAUUCAGCUGCGUUUGAACUCGAUAAAAAAGCUGUCAACGAUUGCACUGGCACUGGGCGAGGAACGAACCCGCACUGAGUUGAUUCCAUUUCUAACGGAAACCAUUUACGACGAGGAUGAAGUUUUGCUGGCACUUGCUGAGCAAUUGGGCAACUUUACUGCCCUUGUUGGUGGACCGGAUUACGCAAUGUACUUGAUUCCACCGCUUGAAUCGCUAGCCACAGUAGAGGAAACGGUAGUGCGCGACAAAGCUGUUGAGUCCUUGCGUAUCGUGGCUGCUCAGCAUAGUGCUCAGGAUUUGGAAAUUCAUGUGGUUCCAACCCUGCAGCGGCUGGUAUCCGGUGAUUGGUUCACAUCUCGAACCUCCGCGUGUGGACUUUUCUCGGUUUGCUAUCCAAGGGUGUCGGCUGCGGUUAAAGCUGAGCUGCGAAAUAAUUUCCGCCAGUUGUGCCAGGAUGAAACUCCCAUGGUUCGUAGAGCAGCCGCCGGAAAACUAGGUGAAUUCGCCCAAGUUGUCGAGUUGGAAUAUUUGAAAUCGGAUUUGAUCUCGAUGUUUGUCCAGAUGGCUCAAGACGAUCAGGAUUCGGUUCGUUUAUUGGCUGUAGAGGCUUGUGUCAGUAUUGCUCAGUUACUACAGCAGGACGAUGUGGAACAUAACGUGAUGCCAACACUACGUCAGUGCGUAAAUGAUUCGUCCUGGCGCGUACGUUAUAUGGUUGCCGAAAAGUUUACCGAACUUCAGAAGGCAGUUGGACCGGAAAUAACGAAAACCGACUUGGUCCCAGCGUUCCAGUAUCUGUUGAAGGACACCGAGGCAGAAGUUAGAGCCUCGGCUGCCACGAAAGUGACAGAAUUUUGUUGCAAUUUGGAAAAGGGCAGCCAGGAGCAGAUUAUAAUGACAUCAAUUCUUCCCUAUGUGAAGGAACUGGUGGCCGAUCCAAAUCAGCACGUCAAAUCCGCGCUAGCUUCGGUAAUCAUGGGACUGAGUCCGAUUCUUGGCCGCACCAACACAAUCGAACAUUUGCUGCCGCUGUUUUUGCUACAGCUAAAAGACGAAUGGCCAGAAGUUCGACUAAACAUUAUCUCCACACUGGAGUGCAUCAACGAUGUAAUCGGAAUCCAACAGUUAUCGCAAUCUCUACUACCUGCAAUUGUCGAAUUGGCCGAGGAUUCUAAGUGGCGCGUUCGAUUGGCUAUCAUCGAAUACAUGCCUCUGUUGGCUGGCCAGCUCGGACAGGAGUAUUUCAACCAGAAGCUGCGGGAUCUUUGCUUUAACUGGUUGAACGAUCACGUAUACGCAAUUCGCGAAGCCGCCACUCUGAACAUGAAGAAAAUUGUGCAGACCUUCGGCACCCAAUGGGCGGAAACUAACAUCAUUAACCAGAUUUUAGUCAUGUAUAAAAACAGCAACUAUCUGCACAGAAUGACUUGUCUCUUCUGCAUCAACGCCCUGGCAGACGUCGUCGGUGCUGACAUCAUUAAGCGGCUGUUCCUGCCUACCAUCAAAGUUCUCGCAACCGAUCCGGUGGCGAAUGUGCGGUUCAAUGUCGCUAAGAGUCUACAGAAGUUGUCUCCAUUCCUGGACCAGGCCGCCAUCGAUGAGCAUGUGAAGCCGAUCUUGGAAAAGCUCAACACAGACGCCGACGUAGAUGUAAAGUAUUUCGCCUCCGAAGCGAUGGUUGGAAUUGCUGCCGCCUAAACACACCCGGAAAAUUUUAUAUGCACUGUUAAAGGUAAGGUGGAAGGAAAUAAAUCUAUUAAUAUUUAAAGAACAGCUACUUAUCUAACAAAACAGCGCACGUUUACUGGGCGUUUCAAUUUUUUCGCGGACGCAUUAAAAAUAUUAACGUUCAACUAUUUAUUUCCUUCAAGUCCUUGGGGCAAAAAACAACUUCUGGCUUUACACGAAACAAUAGAUGAUUAGUAAAACAAAAUGCAAAAUAAAUCGUUCAUUGUUUAAGCUCGUCACGCAAUACACACUAUGAUCCGAGAUGGACCAGAUCAGUAACGCAAACAUUCAUACUACUUUUUUUUUGAAAAUAGUAACCCAUUUUACAUCAGCGACGGUGAAGCAUUUUGACACGAGUGUUGGAGGAUUGUUUUGUGUUUCCUUUUCGAUAUUUCUACACACACACAAAAUUAAAGUAAUUGAAAAUAUGACACUACUGAAGAAAGUAUAACCAACUACAAUAAUCUAAGUUUAAGCUUAAUGAUGAACACACUCAACGUAAGAUAACCUAUAAUAAAAUCCAAUACGGGAACAAAA